AUGGCGAACAUAACUAAAAAACGAAUAGCUAUUAUUGGUGCUGGUCCAUGUGGUUUAUCACAAUUAAUUGCUUUUAAACAAGCCGAAAAAGAACAACGUAUUGAACUUAUCUGUUUUGAACGGCAAGCAGAAUGGGGUGGUCUAUGGCAAUAUACAGCUCUAACAGGUAUAGAUCCUUGUGGUGAACUUAUUCAUUCAAGCAUGUAUCGACACCUUUGGACAAAUGGCCCUAAAGAAAUGCUUGAAUAUGUUGAUUAUCCAUUCGAAAAACAUUUUGGUCGUGCGGUUUCGUCUUAUCCACCACGUGCUAUUAUGUAUGAUUAUAUUAUUGGUCGAGCUACAGCUGCUGAUAUUCACAAGUUUAUUCGUUUUCGAACAGCUGUACGUUUUGUUAAUUUUGAUGUUAAUACAAAACAAUUUCAUGUUACUAUUCAAGAUCUUCUUAAUGAAAAAAUACUUGAACAUUUAACAUUCGACCAUGUUAUAGUAGCAACUGGACAUUAUACGCUACCAAAUGUACCUAAUUUUGAAGGUAUCUCUAAAUUUCCAGGACGCGUUUUACAUUCACAUGAUUAUCGUGGAGCUGAUGAAUUUGUUGAUAAAAAUAUAUUGAUUAUUGGUGGUAGUUAUUCAGCUGAAGAUAUAGGUAUACAAUGUUACAAAUUUGGUGCUCGUUCAAUUACAAUUAGUUAUCGUUCAUUUCCUAUGAAUUUCAAAUGGCCCGAUAAUAUAAAAGAAGUUCCAAUGUUAAUACGAAUGGAAGGACAUACUGCAUAUUUUAAAGAUGGAACAAGUGUUGACAAUAUUGAUUGUAUUAUUUUAUGUACAGGUUAUCGACAUAAUCAUUCUUAUAUGGCUGAACCUCUUCGUCUUUAUUGUUCAGGAAAUUUGUUUAUACCAUCGAACCUUUAUAAAGGAAUUUUUUGGUCUGCUGAACUUCGUCUUGCUUAUUUAGGUAUGCAAAAUCAAACAUAUUCAUUAAAUAUGUUUGAUAUUCAAGCUGCACUUGUACGUGAUGUUUUUCUUGGUUAUGUUAAAUUACCAGAUGAUGAUGAUGAAAAAAAACGUGAAGAAGAUAUUUCUCAAUGGCAAGCACGUGAACAAGUAAUUGCUGCAAAUGAUCAUGAAGGUUUUACUGACCUUCAAACAGAUUAUAUACGUGAUAUUGUUAGUUGUUGUGACCAAAAUACGGUACCAAAAUUUGAUCUUGAACGAGCUAAGGCCGGAUUCUAUAAAUUCUUCAAUGAUAAAAGAGAAGAUUUUAUUACAUUUCGUGAUCAAACAUUUACUUCAAUUUUUCCUCCAUAUAAUGAAGCACCACCAUGUCAAAUAAAAUGGACUAAAAAUAUGGAUGAUUCAAUCGAAGGAUAUCUUUCAUCGAUUAAAACUACAUAA